UUCUCGGCCAAAGCUUUCUAACCGAAAUCGUGCAGCAGUCGUUAGGGUUUUUAGUUUUCGCUUCUGACUAUAAAUUGCGUCGGCGCCUCCCCGUCUGCUCUCGUGCGGCGAUUGAUAAACCCUAAGCCAAUUUGGUGCGGUGAAUAAUCAGGAUCAGUCGAUCCUCGUCGAAGCUCCCUGCGGCUGCAACUUACUCGAUCCAAAUCUCGUCCCAGAUCGAAGCGCCCCAUGGCGUCCUCUGAUAAGAAGACUCCCAAGCUCCCUGUUCCAGGACGCCGGAACAUCCUCAUCACCAGCGCCUUGCCCUACGUUAACAACGUUCCACACCUCGGCAACAUCAUCGGAUGCGUUUUGAGCGCGGAUGUAUUUGCCAGAUAUUGCCGGCUCAGGGGGUACAACACUAUAUAUAUGUGUGGAACAGAUGAGUAUGGGACGGCUACGGAGACGAAAGCUAUGGAGGAGAAAUGUUCUCCGAAGGAGAUAUGUGACAAGUAUCAUGCAAUUCAUAGGGAAGUAUACAAGUGGUUUGAUAUAAGCUUUGAUGAGUUUGGACGUACAUCCACUCCUCAGCAGACGGAAGUGUGCCAAGCAAUUUUCCAGAAACUUAUGGAUAAUAACUGGCUCUCAGAAAACAUCAUGCAACAGUUAUAUUGUGAUACAUGCCAACGCUUCUUGGCGGAUCGUCUUGUUGAGGGUACAUGCCCCACAUUGAACUGCAACUACGAAUCGGCACGAGGUGAUCAAUGUGAAAAUUGUGGGAAACUAUUGAAUCCAACUGAACUGAGAGAUCCAAAAUGCAAGACAUGCCACAACACUCCUCAUGUACGUGAUACUAAUCAUUUGUUCCUGGAGUUACCCUUGCUUAGAGAAAAGUUGGAAGAAUAUAUUAAUGUUACAUCAGUGGCUGGAUCUUGGAGCCAAAAUGCUAUCCAUACUACAAAUGCAUGGCUCAAAGAAGGUUUAAAACCGCGUUGCAUUACAAGGGAUCUUAAAUGGGGAGUUCCUGUGCCACAUGACAAGUACAAAGAUAAGGUGUUUUAUGUGUGGUUUGAUGCUCCAAUUGGCUAUAUCUCUAUCACUGCAUGCUACACUCCAGAGUGGGAGAAAUGGUGGAAGAAUCCUGAAAAUGUUGAGCUGUUUCAAUUCAUGGGAAAGGAUAAUGUGCCAUUUCACACAGUAAUGUUUCCUUCUACACUACUUGGAACUGGUGAAAGGUGGACCAUGAUGAAGACCAUAAGUGUCACAGAGUAUCUAAAUUAUGAAGCAGGAAAAUUUUCUAAAAGUAAGGGAAUAGGAGUUUUUGGUAAUGAUGCAAAGGAUACAAAUAUUCCAACUGAAGUGUGGAGAUAUUAUUUGCUGACAAAUAGACCUGAGGCUUCAGAUACAUUGUUCACAUGGGCAGACUUGCAGUCUAAGCUGAAUUCAGAGUUGCUGAAUAACUUAGGCAAUUUUGUUAAUAGAGUUUUAAGUUUUAUUGCCAAACCAGAAGGAGCAGGAUAUGAUUCAAUCAUUCCGGAUGCUCCUCAUGCUCAGUCACAUCCACUAACGAAAGAUUUAGGAGAAAAAGUUGGUAAAUUGAUUGAACAAUAUCUGGAUGCAAUGGAAAAGGUUAAACUGAAACAAGGUCUGAAGAUUGCUAUGAGCAUAUCAAGUGAAGGAAAUUUUUAUUUACAAGAGAGCCAAUUCUGGAGACUUUACAAGGAAGAUCCCUCUUUGUGUGCCACUGUAUUGAGGACCUCUGUGGGACUUGUUUAUCUUCUUGCAUGCCUGCUGGAACCAUUCAUGCCUUCCUUUUCUAUAGAAGUUCUAAGGCAGCUUAAUUUAUCACCAGAGCAUAAUCUCUCAUUUUCUGAUGAGAAAGGAGAAACUGAGAAGGCAAGCAGACCUUGGGAGUUCCUGCCAUCUGGGCACCGUAUUGGGAAACCUGAACCACUUUUCAAAGAACUGAAAGACGAGGAUGUGGAAUCUCUGCGGGAGAAAUUUGCUGGUAGUCAAGCUGAAAGACUUGUAAGAGCAGAAGCUGAUGCAAAUAAAGUUGCUGAGCAACUAAAAAACACAAAAAUUACAGGAAAUUCUAAGAAACAACAUAACAAGCCUUCUGGCAGUACAAAAACGAAGUCUGCUGAAACAGAAAUUUCUGUCUCAAGACUUGACAUACGUGUUGGCCUCAUCAAAAAAGUUCAGAAGCACCCAGAUGCAGAUUCACUCUAUGUUGAAGAAAUUGAUGUCGGUGAAGAAUCCCCUCGAACAGUUGUUAGUGGCCUCGUGAAAUAUAUUCCUCUUGAGGAAAUGCAGAAUCGGAAGGUUUGUGUCCUCUGUAACUUGAAGCCUGCAACCAUGAGGGGCAUUAAGUCACAAGCAAUGGUCUUGGCUGCAUCAAACGAUGACCACACAAAGGUUGAGUUAGUUGAUCCACCACCAUCAGCCAAGGUUGGUGAACGAGUGACCUUUCUGGGAUACUCAGGCGAACCGGACAGCGUCUUAAACGCCAAGAGCAAAGUUUGGGAGAAGCUGCAGGUUGAUCUGCAGUCUAAUUCAGAGCUGGUUGCCUGUUAUAAGGAUGUGCCUUUCACAACAUCUGCUGGUGUUUGUAAAGUUUCGUCUAUCACAAAUGGAGCCAUAAGGUAGACAAUCUGCCUUUUUGUUAUCAUCUAUUCUUAUCAAAGAUUCUGACUUUUCUAUUGGCAUUGCAACUAAUUUAUACAUUAAUUCCAAUUUAUGUACCUGUGGUUUGAUAAUAUGAGUGUUUUUCGAGUAGUUUUUUGUA